AAACGUGGCACCAGCAGCCUACAUUUUUAAUCUUAAUAUUGCUGUGACGUGCGAGGCUUAAUGGCUUCGGAAGUGGUCGGAUGGUCAUCCCUUUCAAUUAAUUAUUACGUUAACUGUACGUUGCAGGUCAACCUGGGAACUGCGUUAUUUCACCACAAGACGCCAGUUUGGAAUCAUGUUGCCCAAACGGCUUAUCUUUAGCUUGAUAAGCCUUCAUCUGAUGAUCAGAUGUAUGGGUAGUAGUGAGAUGUGUGAGGCCUCCAUUAGAGGGGCGUGUCCUCCUACUUGGAACCACUGGGGAGGCAGAUGCUACAAAGCCACCGAUGAGCGCCUGACGUGGUCCGAGGCCAAGGAGGAGUGCAUCAAGAUGGGAAGUGUCUUGGUCGUGCCACAGUCUGACGAUGAAACUGAUUUCCUCGUGAGUCUGGUGUCAUCUAAGUUUUGGAUUCACUGCAAUGAUCUGCAGUCUGAAGGUACCUGGGAGUGCAAGGAUGGUACCAGUAAUGUAAGGUACAGGAACUGGGCCCGUGAGGAAGUGGGGCUUGGGGGCUUGGGGCGUGCAGGAAGCAGCAGUAGUGAGGAGACCCUACCUACACCCAGCACUGGUCAAAGGGAAGACUGCGCUAACGUACUGCAAACUGGUGAAUGGAGCGAUGUUCCAUGUGACUGGCGACGUCACGGAAUAUGCAAACGACCUGCACCACAGCUGCACUUCUAGACCCACGAUGGAAACGGACCGGAUCGAAACACCACUGCACUUUUAAACCCACGAUAGCAACGG